CCUCUCAAAAUUUGGAAGGUGGCAGGUCACGUGACUUCUAUUUCAAGCGUGAUUGGUCACCUUGAUUUGCCGGUACCCGGUACUUGCUUACGUUGUAAAUUCUAUGUAAAAUUUAAAAUACCGCCUAAUUAGUGUAGUUAUAGGUACAAAAACAUGAUUAGUUUAAGUAAAAAGCCACAGUCUCACGCCAACGCUGACAAGCAGGAAACGUUAUUAACAUUAUCUAUUUUAACGGUUGCCGCAAUACUCUCAUUCGCAACAAGGUUAUUCUCGGUUUUACGAUUUGAAAGUGUUAUUCACGAAUUUGAUCCAUACUUCAAUUACCGCACCACCAAGUACUUAGCCGAGCAAGGCUUUUAUUCGUUUCACAAUUGGUUCGACGACCGAGCAUGGUAUCCACUCGGAAGAAUCAUCGGAGGUACCAUCUAUCCGGGGUUGAUGAUAACAUCCGCAGCCAUUUAUCAUUUGUGCUGGCUGUUGAAUAUCACAAUCGACAUACGUAACGUGUGCGUGUUCUUGGCACCACUGUUUUCGUCCUUAACCACCAUCAUAACUUAUCUACUAACAAAAGAAUUGCGAAAUGCUGGUGCUGGGCUGGUUGCCGCGGCUAUGGUCGCUAUUGUACCCGGUUAUAUCAGUAGAUCAGUGGCGGGAAGCUAUGAUAACGAGGGAAUUGCAAUCUUUUGUAUGCUGCUCACUUAUUACAUGUGGAUUAAGGCGGUGAAAACCGGUAGUAUAUUUUGGAGUACCUUAGCCGCGUUAGCCUACUUUUAUAUGGUGUCUUCAUGGGGUGGGUACGUGUUCCUAAUAAAUCUUAUCCCAUUACAUGUGCUGACGCUGAUGGUAACAGGCCGUUUUUCACAUCGCAUCUACAUUGCUUACAGCACUUUAUACUGUGUCGGCACGAUUUUAUCUAUGCAGAUUUCGUUUGUUGGCUUCCAGCCAGUGCAAAGUUCAGAGCAUAUGCUGGCUUUGGGAGUGUUCGGCUUAUGCCAGAUACUAGCAGCUGUAGAUUAUCUACGUAGUAAGCUGAAGCAGGACGAAUUCGAGACAUUAUUCGGCGCGCUGGCCUACACUUUCGGAGUCGCCGUCGCGAUAUUCAUCGGAGUUUUGACAUUUUCUGGGAAGAUUUCGCCUUGGACCGGCCGAUUUUACUCGCUUCUUGAUCCGUCCUACGCGAAGAAUCACAUUCCGAUAAUCGCCAGCGUUUCCGAACAUCAGCCGACAUCGUGGAGUUCAUUUUACUUCGACUUACAAAUUCUAGUGUUUCUAUUUCCCGCUGGGUUGUACUUCUGCUUUGCACAGUUGACUGAUGCCAACAUCUUUUUGAUCUUGUAUGGAGUUACUAGUAUUUAUUUUGCGGGUGUAAUGGUACGUUUGAUGUUGGUCUUGGCACCUGUGAUGUGUAUUUUAAGCGGAAUCGCAGUCUCACACCUUCUUACGAAGUUUAUGAAAAAUGUCGAUAGCAAGAAUCCCACUGAACAUAGAAGGCACAAAAAACUGGAAUCAAAUUUAGUAUUACGUAAUGAAAUUUCCACAACAUUUGUCACCAUAGUGUGCGCUUUAUUGGUGUCAUACACGUUUCAUUGCACUUGGGUUACAUCAGAGGCAUACAGUUCACCCAGUAUUGUCUUAAGUGCACGUUCUCAUGACGGCGGAAGGAUUAUAUUUGACGAUUUCCGCGAGGCAUAUAAUUGGUUGAAGAUGAACACACCAGAAAACGCGAGAGUUAUGUCUUGGUGGGAUUACGGCUAUCAAAUAACAGCAAUGGCUAAUCGCACGAUACUGGUUGACAAUAAUACUUGGAAUAAUACGCACAUAAGUCGCGUGGGACAAGCUAUGGCAAGUUCUGAGGAAAAAGCGUACGAAAUAAUGCGCGAACUUGAUGUGGAUUAUGUUCUUGUUAUAUUUGGAGGAUUGACCGGUUAUUCUUCUGAUGAUAUUAACAAGUUCCUGUGGAUGGUUCGCAUUGGCGGUAGUACUGAUCGCGGCGCGCAUAUUAAAGAAUGGGAUUAUUAUUCACCGAACGGUGAAUUCAGAAUCGACAAAGAAGGUUCGCCUACUUUGCUCAAUUGUCUUAUGUACAAGAUGUGCUAUUAUCGUUUUGGACAAGUAUACACUGAGGGGGGAAAACCGCCUGGUUAUGAUCGAGUCCGUAGUGCUGAAAUCGGCAAUAAGGAUUUUGAAUUGGAUGUUCUCGAAGAAGCGUACACCACUGAACAUUGGCUGGUACGCAUUUAUAAAGUAAAAGAUCUGCCUAAUAGAGGAGUUUAAUUUAUCAUUUGAAAUUUAUGUAUUUGUCAUUUUCCAUUUUGAAAUAAACAUUUUCCUUACUGUUUUUAAAUA